GACGGGGUGAGCGAGCCCGCCAAUGUUUGCUUGCAAGGCCUCCUCCAUAUCUCUCAAUCGUACUACACCUUGAGUGAUUGUCGAGUCAAAUUAAACAAACUAGAGAAAGAGAGACACACACAGAGAGAGACACCGAGGGAGAUGUUUGACGUGUGGAGCGCUGUGCGAUGGUGGGACGAUUGGCAGCUGCGCGUCCUCGUCCUUGGCAGCCUGUGCCUGCAGUGGUUCCUCCUGCUGGCUGCCCCGCUGCGCAAGUACACCAUCCCGCGCGUCAUCCGGACCUGCAUCUGGCUGGCGUUCGUGUCCAGCGACGCCCUGGCGAUCUACUCGCUCGCCACCCUCUUCAAUCGCCACGCCAAGGCCGCCACCGCCACCAGCGGCGGCGGCUAUCCUCCUCUUCCUCCUGGGGCUGCUGGGAGCGAGCAGCUCAAGUCCAACAUCCUGGAGAUCCUGUGGGCGCCCAUCCUGCUCAUCCACCUCGGCGGGCAGCAGGAGCUCACCGCCUACACCAUCGAGGACAACGAGCUGUGGAUGCGGCACACCAUCACCCUGCUGUCCCAGGUCGCGGUCGCCCUCUACUCCUUCUACAAGUCGUGGCCGGCCGCCGGCGACUGGCGGCUGCUGUCGACGGCGGUGCUGCUCUUCAUCAUCGGCGUCGUCAGCUUCAGCGAGAAGCCGUGGGCUCUCAGCAGGGCCAAGAUCAACAGGCUGGCCGACGUGUCCUCCGUGAUACAAGGAACAAAGACGCGCUCCGAGUGGAGGGAGCGCCUGAACCAGUUCUUCUUGUUCGAGAGCGUCACCAGGCUCUUCGUUCAAAACAAGGAGAGCUUCGCCAACAAGCUGCGAACAAGUUUCUCGACGCGUAGGGGCAGGGGCCGGGGCGAGGACAGCGGAAAGCCGCAGGUCGCCCUCAAGGAUGGGGACAAAGUCUUCAUGAUACUCUCGGACAUGUCCAUCUCGGCUGCUGCCGACGAGCUGAAGAAGAAUGGAAGAGUCAGCAGCGUGGAUGAGGUGUUUGGAUCCCUGGGCCGCGACAGCUUCGGCGAGCUGGGCGUGCGCCCAUGGCUGCGCGGCGCGUUCGCCUUCAUCUACACCCGGGCCUCGGUGGUCUUCACCCUUCCGUACCUGCUCUACCAUCUGCUGGCAGUCCCGGCGCUGCACAUCGCCGCGUUGGUGCUCUUCGCAACCAGCGACAAGCAGCCCUACAAGCGCACCGACGUGAAGAUAACGUACAUCCUUCUGUGCCUCACCGCCGCGCUGGAUUUCUUCGCGGUGUUCAUCCGGCAGGUGCUGUACCUGCUCAUGUCCAACACAAAAGUCCCGUCCUUGUGCGAGACGGUGCCCAGCUACAACCUCGUGGACACGGUUCUCCGGGAGAGGAAGAAGGACAUUGGGUGGAUGUACAAGCUCGCCAGGUGGUUGGACCUCAAGAUGGAGUACUUCUCCUGCAAGCGUGAUCUCGGCCAGCUGUACAGAAUGGUCGCGGGGAUGGUGAUUACGGAUCUGGGCCGCAUGAAAGGCCGGGAUCUUGCCAGUUACAGGACCUUCACGGUGCCACCUCCAGACGUCGAGGAGAUACCCAUCCGCACCAGCAGCUCGUCAGAGGGAAAGAGCCCAGCAAUCUACAAGGACGAGAGCAGAGGUGAACAGGAACGCCGCGCAAUGCCGCCACGGAAAAGAAACUGGGCUCUGAGUGAGGAGCUUCAACAACUAUGCACCGAAGAAAUGCGAAAGAGCCUGCUCGGGUCAUUCGACCGGAGCGUCCUCCUCUGGCACAUCGCCACCGAUCUCUGCUUCCGCAAAAAGAACAAGGCCAGGAUGGAGCCUGGUGAGGAAUCUGCAUCUUCGCGGACUACUCCUGACCAAGGUGUAGUAAAGUGUUGUACAAUUUUUGGUUAUACCAUAAGGUGGUGCUCUCGGCGGUCCAGCCCGACGAGGAGUGAUCUGCAGCUUCGUAUUGAGUGCGCACAAGCAAUAUCCAACUACAUGGUGCACCUGCUCAACUUCAACCCCGAGAUGCUGCUGACCGGCAGCCGGAAGCAUCUCAUCACCGAAGCCAUGAAGGAAAUCGACUCCUCCUUCGUGGUCAAGGGGGAUGACUCCAUGCUCAACCUCAUAGACGGAGAGCAGCUCGUCGACAGAUUGGCGAAGGAAGCAUCUCAUCACCGAAGCCGGAAGCAUCUCAUCACCGAAGCCAUGAAGGAAAUCGACUCCUCCUUCGUGGUCAAGGGGGAUGGCUCAGAUUCAGCACGCAAGAAAACAACACUACACAUCCAAGAUGCAUGCAGGCUUGCAAAUGAGUUGCUGGCGAUAGACUACGAGAAGCGCUGGAACCUUCUGUACCAGGUGUGGCUGGGCAUGCUGUGCUACUCUGCCAGCAUGUGCAGGGGCUACCUGCACGCCAAGAGCUUGGGCGAAGGAGGCGAGUUCCUUUCCUACGCCUGGCUCAUCCUCUCGCUCAAGGGGGCCAUCACCCUGGCCGACAAGCUUCAGAUGCCCGCGGAGACGACCGAAGAUGCUGGUGACCCUGAAUCAACUGAGGAAGAACAUCAAAAGAAAGCCUUGGGCAAGUUGAAGGGUGCGCUAAGAAAGAAGCCGGGCCUCUCAUAGGCAAGCAAGGAUGACAAAAUGCCCCGUGGAUGUUUCCGCUGCCUGCGUGGUUGCUUGCAUUGGUUUACCUUAUUCUGGACUCUGGUGUCGUCGUUGUCGUCGUGUUGGUUUGGUCGCUGUUUGCUUGCUUGCUUGCUUGUUUGUUUUGGUCGCGAUGCCGCUGCACGGGUGCAGGUGCCUUGUGUUGCUUCAUUGGCUUGGCGGCUAAUCUGGUAUUCAGGUGUGUGCUGCUACCGGUUUGGUUAGUUUUUUGUGCUGUCGUGUGUGCCAUCAUACAAUUGGCGGCUUAAUAAGCUGAGCGCUUGAGCCCUGCUUCUGUUGUACCGAGUGUUUUUAACUUGUUUCUGCAAUUAUAAUAAAUAAGAUCCUGAGCUCCUGGCUCCGAUGUAUUGUGCCUA